CCAUUUUGUUUUGUUUACUGUUUAUAUAAAUCUAGUUUGUUAUAUUGUUAUUUAAUUAAUUGUAAGGUUUUUGACAUUGUAAAUAAUUCAGUAACUGUUAGACAUUUGAGCACAUCAUAGUCAUAUUAACGAGAUCAAUCAUAGAUAAAUACUUCGUAUGGAACUGCUAGAUGGGCUAUUCUGAAUAUUCACGGGAAGUUUAUUCCACAGCUGUACAGCACGAUAUGCAAAUGAGUUACCCAUAAAAUGGGUUUUACAGCUGGGAAGCUUCAGUACCCUGGACUGGUUCAGACAAAGACGUCUAGGUCUGGAAGGAGGAGGUAAUAAUUGGAACCGGGAACGAAGCAAAUACAAUUGAUAAAAUGCAAGCAGCUAAAUUACCAAGAAAAGAGGAAGGAAAAAAUAUUGAAGCUAAAGUUAAAUCAAUAUUAAGUACAGUUUUGGAAAGAUGUAAAAAGGAACGCGAUAGCGGUGCUUUGCAAGUACCAUUGGAUGAAUACAUUCAACGUGCCUCCUUCUAUACAGGCUUUCCAAGUACAUAUAUAAGAGCAAUUAAUAGUGAAAAAAAUAUAUUUGUAAACACUAAGGCCUUUAGUAUUAAACAAAUAAUUGCUAUUUUAGAAUGUAUCAGUAAGUUUUAUGAAAACAAAACUUCGCCGACCUACUACUUAAUUUACGAGACGGUAAAAGAAGGUACUGAUUUACCAGAAUUUAAGAUCUUUAAACAAGAAAUGUGUUUAAUGGGGUACCGCUAUAGACAAACUAAAUCUGGUCUAUUAUUUUUAGAAGAUCCAAAAUUUAGUUUUGAACGCUUCCAUUAUCUUAGUAAGAUAAAAAAGUUAAGAAGUAAAGAUGCAAAUAUCUGCUAUAUUGAUGCAAGAAUUAUAAAUAAAGAGCAGACAUUUGAACGCUGUACAGAUCUGAAAGGAACACCAGCUGUUGUUCGUACUGACCAAUAUUUAUUUUUACACGCCAUUUCUAAAAAUGGUUACUUAAAUGGAUUAUUUACUAACAGCAUAUCCGAAGAAAACUUUAUGAAAUGGAUGGUAGAUAUUCUCCUACCGUCUCUUAACCCUGAAACUACUAUUGUUGUUGAUAGCAGUCUUUUUGAGAUUAUUUCACCGUAUAAAGCAAUAACUCGAUAUGACUCAAAAUAUGAAAUGAUAAAAUGGUUGAAGAGUAAUAGCAUCCCCUAUAACUAUUAUAUGCACAAAGCAGAAUUGUAUGAACUCAUAAGUAAUAGCAAAAUAAAAUCAAAAUGUAAAUUGGAUCAAAUCAUAAAAUCUUUUGGUCACAACAUUUUGUGUCUGCCAUUUAAACUAGACAAACUUACUCCUAUUGAACUCUUAUGGGAAUAUAUCAUAGACAAACGUAUAAAAACUGUCGACACAGCAAUGGUACGAAUUAAACAGCAUAUUGAAAAGUAUAUUCUAGAUUUAAAACCUGCUGUGUUUAAUAUGUUUACUAAAACUGUAGAACUAUGGGAAAACGAAAUAUAUCAAUAUGAUCGUAUAAUUGAAGAAAUAUUGGAUCAGCAAUACGAAAUCGAUACAACGUGCAUUAUUGAAGACGACUACAUUCCUACAUAUUUUUAUUCUGUUCAAGAUUAAAAGUUUAAUAAAGGCAAUACAUUAAAAUACUU